AUGACGGUAAAGGAAGUGAAAGAGAAGGCGAAGGGACAGUCUGGCAUCCUCGCACCGAGCAUACCACAGCUGCAGCUUGAAAAGGCUUGGCCGUGCAGGCGCACCCUCAAGGACACGGACAUGCUCGAGUCGCUGAAGGUCGAGAGUGGCAACAUGAUGCACUUGGCGAAGUCCCAGCCAUCUGCUGGCGGUGCGGCCGCCACGCCAGCUGCUGCCACAACUCCGGCUGCAGCUCCCACCGCGUCUGCCGCCACCCCUGCGGCCACACCCGGCGCGACCACAGGAUCAGGCAAACCCCCUCCAAAGUCUUCCGUCAAGGCAAAAGCCAAGUUGGUUGGCUUCCAGGUAUUUCCAGAAAAGCCUCUUUUGCAGCUCACAUUGGCCGCUCGUUUAUUGAGCUGCUUCACAUGUCGGUUCUUCAAGAUUUUUGGGGCUUCGGCGCUGGCGGCUUUGAUCUGGAUGACAGGCCACACGAUCCUUGUCGCGAAAGCAAGCCUCAGACUCAGUUUUCGAACAGGCGAGCCCCGACCUGGCAUGUGA